UCAGUUCCUUGGAGUAAACAUGGCCAACACAGGAAGAUUCAAUGAAGUGUCCUGCCCAUAUCACCCAGAGGCUCAUCUCAUUGAAGAUUAUAGAGCAGGAGACCAGAUAUGUUCAGAGUGUGGAUUGGUUGUUGGGGACAGAGUGAUUGAUGUAGGGUCAGAAUGGCGUACAUUCAGCAAUGAGAAGGCCAACAAUGAUCCAUCUCGAGUUGGUGGACCAGAAAAUCCACUUCUCAAUGGUUCUGAUCUAUCAACUAUCAUAGGUCCAGGAACUGGUAGUGCAUCAUUUGAUGGUUUUGGAGGCUCCAAAUAUCAGAAUCGAAGAUCGAUGAGUAGUUCAGACAGAGCCCUCAUCAAUGCCUUCCGAGAAAUUAGUAAUAUGGCAGAUAAGAUCAAUUUGCCGAAGACCAUUGUUGAGAGAGCAAAUGUUUUAUUCAAACAAGUUCACGAUGGUAAAAACCUAAAGGGGCGUAGUAAUGAUGCCAUUGCUUCGGCAUCUUUAUAUAUUGCUUGUCGACAGGAGGGUGUACCAAGAACUUUCAAGGAGAUUUGUGCUGUGAGUAAGAUCAGUAAGAAAGAAAUCGGUCGUUGUUUCAAACUCAUCUUGAAGGCACUUGAAACACAAGUAGAUCUCAUUACUACUGGUGACUUCAUGUCAAGGUUUUGCUCAAACCUUGGACUACCUACCUCAGCACAAAAGGCAGCAACACACAUUGCACGAAAGGCAGUUGAUCUGGACAUUGUUCCAGGAAGGUCGCCGAUCUCAGUUGCUGCAGCGGCGAUAUACAUGGCUUCACAAGCAUCAGAGGACAAGCGUACACAGAAGGAAAUAGGCGACAUUGCAGGUGUUGCAGAUGUCACAAUUAGGCAGUCCUACAAGCUGAUGUAUCCCCAUGCAAAAGAACUUUUCCCUGAGGACUUCAAAUUUUGUACCCCAAUUGAGAUGUUGCCACAAUUAUAGGAUUCUGUAUCCACUGUACCCUCGUUACUUCCGAUUGUUAUAAAGCGGGUGUCGUCUUAAUUCUUUUUUUUUUUAUGAAUUAAACGAUUUGAAUUCCAAGUGAAUCUGAAAUAUCCAAGUGGUUCCGAAGUCGCUUUGGCUGCCACACAAAAUAUUCUAUUUAUAAUUACUGUGCAAACAAAUAUUUUUUAUAUGUAAAAAAAAAAAUAUAUAUUUAUAAAGUAGUUAAUACACUAAUAUAUAAAUGUAACACUUACAUUGGGUGGUGAGCUAAUAAUAUUCCGAAAGUAAAAAUUCACAUUGGAGAAAUAAAAGGCAAAAUCUUGGAAAUGGUAUACUAGGACCCUCUUCAGCCAACUAACAGAACAAAGCAAGGGAGAAUGACAUAGAACAUGUUGAGGUAGGGUCUGGGGUCCACUGACCUGAUCCUGAAUACUGUCAUCAAGAAGAUUAUUCCUAAUCCUCACCCUGCUUCAACUUGGGAGACAAGUCGUGUGACCAGUAAUUAUAAAUAAAAUAUUUUAUGAGAAAGUUUGUUGGUUGGAUUAAUGAGGAAUAAUCUUCGGAAUAAUCCGAAAAAGGUGCAAAACUGAGAGAAAACUGGGAAUAAUUGAAUACGAAAACUCGGCCAUUGCUGAACAAUGCCAAAAUAUUCCUAACUCGGUUGAUGCUGAUUUUUCAGUAAAAUGAGUGACUCGGAGCCCCUUUUUUGUCGAAUUAACGAGGGUAUAGUGUAUGCAUAAGAUGUAUUUGGUAGAUUCCACUUUUUUAUAGUGGGUUCUGAUAUGUGAAAUUUAUUUUUAUUUUUUAUGCUAUACUGUAGUUAGUUCUGUUUUGUAAAGGUUUUUCAAAAGACCAAUUAAAGACAUUACCAUCUGCCAUAAAAAUUUUAAGAAUGCAAGAACUCCUUUGGGUAGAUAGGUUUUCUUUUUUUUGUAAUUUGAAAGUAUAAAUGAACCUCUUGAAUGAUUUUCCUGUAAUACUUAUGUAAAACAUGUCACAUUCUUGUACUUUUGCUACUUUUUUUAAUAUAAACAUUAUUGUAAUUGUACAUUACCUGUAUUUGUAAUACCGUAUUUGGAAGAAGAUAUUGAUAGGUAUUUAUGUAACGUAUUGAAAGUUAAUCUUUGUGAUUGUACUGUACUAUCAGUUUGUGGCUCAUUGUGAGAUUAAUGGAAGUACCUUCAGAUUAUGAUGAUUUUGGAUGGUAUUGAAUUUCAGACGUCUGCUGUGUUUUUUGUUUCUGCGAAGAAUCAGUCAAUUUAUGGAGGGUCAGUAUUCUUGUGCCUUGUUUUCUCUUAUUGUUGUUAUCCUUAUUAACAUUAUACAUCAUCUGAAUGAAAAAAAAUAUGGAAUUGUACAAUUUGCUGCUUCAAAUUCUUAUAUUGUAUUGUACAAAGCACCAUUUUGAAUCAGGAAAGUCCCACAAACUUAGAUGUACAGUACAGUACCAUGUACUAAUUGAAGCUGGCUGACCUGAUUCUCUUGGCCAGUUUUUACUCAACUUUUGAAAACUUAAGGUUACAAAUAGAAGCCAUUACUUUUGGUUAAAGUCAUGGUUGUAUGCAAUGAUUAAGCCUCCUGUUUUUUAAUCUACUGGUGUAUUAAACAUUUACAGAGGGGAGUUUUGAAGUUGUAAUUGCUUAUGUGGCAGUGUGUAAUAAAAAUUCAUGUAGGACAAGUGUAUUAAUUCUAGAGUUAAUUGUUUAAUUAUUUGUUUUGUAUUCAGAUCUCACAAAGCUGUGUGUCAUGAACAGAUUUCAGUGAUGGUGCUGCACUGAAAGAAAGCCCAGUUGAUAUACAGUAUUCAUAUCUGUUCUUGAAGCACAUUAAUUGCCAUAGAGGUCCCUUUUACCUGGUAUAGUUUAUAAAUCCACAAUUAGUACCUGUAUAAAAACUAACAUGACGAACUAAUUACUUAAAAGAAGUUAUAUAAUCAUUGAGUACUGUACUGUAUAAGAAACUUUAAAUUCUUUUCUCCUUGCCUCCCAAAUUAUUUAAUUUCAGUGUACCUUAAAAGGACAUACCAGGUAUUAGUCAAAUUACUUUUGUUAUUGAAUUAGUCUUCAUAAGAAAUGUAACUAAAUUUGGUGAUCCAAAGACUUAAGAGUCAUAGUUGCCAAUUAUUUGUCUUUGUAAAACCUGUCAUUCCCUUCCAUUUAACUAUAUAAAAAUGAUUGAGUUACAAAAUGUGUAAGUUUUUAAGCUGGUUGUGUAUGCAGGUGUCUUUACUGUAAUACAUGUUUUUGUUUUUCAAAUUUAGACUAGUUUAGAUUUUUUUUUAACAUUUUUUUUUGGGGGGGUUUACAUCAUUAAACAUAAUUACAAGCCAUCCUUGAUCACAAAUUAGUAAACUUAUUCUAAGGAAGUUUGCUUUUUUGUUUGACUAUAUUUUUGUGUGGAGAACUAGCUUUGCUUAGUUGGGGUUACUUUCAGGAAUGAAUUAAUGAUGACCUCUUGAUAUUUCUGAUUUGGUUAUAAGGUUGUGGAUUACCUGCAUGUAUAACCCCUUAAGUCUUUAGUUUGUUUUUAGGGAUUAGGAAAUGUAAUUGUUCUUGUAUUGUGUUCAUUAUAUACAAAGUAAAUUAAGGUAUAAAUGGUUUUCAGAUUUGAAUCCCAACAGUAUAGAAGUUGUGUUUAUGUUGAAGCACAUAUUGUGUCACUACAUGGGCUUUUACAGUGAAAAACAGUUUCUGGCAACCAGCUUUAAACUAUAGCACUGAUUUCAGUUGUACUGUAUCAUAUAUGAUUUAUAUAAUACCCAGGGUGUUUUCCUCAUUGCAUAUAAAGGAUAAUUAUUUUAAAAUUCUGUGUAGCAAUUCUGUAAAAAAAAAAAAAAAAGAA